UAAUGUCUCAAAGCCACUCACGUUUAAUCUGCGCUUGUGUUCAGCUAGGAAUCUGCCUUACGGGUUGACAUGUCACAUAGCAGGGGAAAAGACGACUUUCAUAGCUUUCAUCUCCAACCUCAGCUUCUUGCUCAUCGAAGAGACGACUUCAAAUUCAUCCCAAGGCAGUAAGACUUAAUCUAUCUUAUCUGUACAAGAUGAAUAUAUUUUCCAAUAUCAGGAGAGAUGCUGCGUUACGGAAUGCUACUGUCUACGCGCAAUGGUUCGGUGUUCUAUCAGCCAUCUCUUUCAUAUUGAUUAGAGUCGUUUGGAUCGCCGCAUACGAUGAUUCUAACAAGGACUUCCGAAAAUACAAAAUAGCGGUUAGAUUAUUGGAUAUGAUUUUCUUCCCGCUCUGUCCAUUUUCAAUGGAGACUCCUCCUAGCUCCCGCCGCUGGCGCGUGUCCUUUGGCAUCAGUUUGUUUUGGUGCUAUGCCCGUACGGUGAUCGACUUCAUAUUCUCUACGCCAGGUCUUGCCCAAAGAGAUGGGUCGGCGGCUGUUGCGGUGUUUUUCGCCAGUUUUAUAGGGUUAACGCUUUUCUUCACUAUGGCUGGCUCCAUGCUUGUCAGAGGCGAACCGGAAGACUUCUACUCUUGUCGUUCCCGCGCACUCUUCUACACGGCAUAUACGUUCUCCCUCGCUGGCGGGGGCCGCGGAAGACCCUUCGACCCGCCUUAUACCUGCACUAUAUCGCCUCUCUGGUUUCUUCGCCCGGGACAGGUCUUCGCGCUGGGAUGGUGGUUCCGCGCAUCGCAGUGCGUCGAGAUAGCAGAGAUGUUUUCGGCGCUCGCGGCGCUGGCAUAUUUCGUUGCGUAUUGGGCCGGGCACGAGUACGUGUUCACACGAACACUCGGAGGCCCUGGUGUUGAGCUUAUGCCGCGGGUCACUACUGGACUGGCACUGCGGGAUGAAUCUAUCGGACAGGGUGAGGGGAGAAUUAUGCUGUCUUGAUUUAUUGCGCGGCAAUAAGAUCAUUUUCGUCACCUAAAGCGCUAAGCCAACGUCCAUUUUGACCUUGGGUUUUCGGAUCCGGGGUGAUGGACUGUACAUCUAUUGCAAUAUGUUGGGUACCUCUUAUUUAACUU